AUGUCGGCGGUUGAGAACCUUCAAGGGACUGAUUUGAAAUCGAGAGUUCACUCGUUCAUGUUCUCAGAUUCACUUCGAUCUGUGACCUCGACGACCUCGACCGCCUCGAGGUCCAGGGCUCUGAGGCGUCGUUCGAUCGGCAUCGAAGUAAAGAAACCACUGCUGCGACGAGUCAGCCUGUUGGACUUGGUCAAUUCUUCUCUGGAUCCCUUUGCCGUCUUGGCCAGCAAGAACUCCUCUUUGGAGAUUGAUCUUGAUCUGCACACAGCCAGUGACACGAAAGGACUACCUCGAAGCUCAUCAUUCAGCUAUGGAGCAGACUCCAGGAAAGACCAGCGGGAGCUCCCUUUGCUCGUGUCCGUGGUGCAUCGAACCAAACUUCCUGAACGUCUCGACUCCACGGGGGCGUUGACCAGGAGCGUGAGCGAGCGAAUGUUGAGAGCUGCCAACGUGAAGGAGGUGGAAAGAAGCAGAAGCGAUGCAAACCUGGAGUCCGAAGUAGGGGAGCGAGCGCGAGCAUCACUGAUAGAAAGGAACAUGAAACGAAUCGAAUCAGGGGAGCUGACGUACAAGGAAGUAGCUGCUGCUGCGGCGGAAGCUCGAAAGGUGACUGAAGUAUCUGAGCGACUGACGGGCACGCGGGACAACAAUGCAAGCGGCAAGGUCAAGGCUAAGCCUCGCAAGAUGAUCGAGCAGGAACUUGAUGAGAAGAUCAGCAGCUGGCGAUGCAAUGAGGACGAGCUGCAAGCUCGUGUAUCGAAGCACAGAGAGCACCUCAAGUCGGGUAAGGCCCCGAUGAAGCUCUUCAUGUCGACUCGGAGCUUCAAACCAGACAAUCUCGAAGCUAUUCGUGCUAUUCGAAGUCAAAAGUACAAGGAGCGAAGAGAUCUCGUAAUGAAGUCACACAGGGAAAAUUUGCAGAAGUCAAGCGACGACGCACUCGCUGUAUUGCAGAUUAAAGAGCAAAAACGAGUGGAGUAUCGAAGAGAAGCUGAACUUGCCAAGAAACAGCAGAAGGAAGAGAUGAUAGCAAAGUUGCUGCUGCCUGCGAUGAUAGCUGUGAAUCAACUUUGCCAUCUGCGGCAAGUUUUCCAUCUGAGAAGAACCAUCCAAGCGAUGCAAGAAGCAGCCGAGAGGCUUCAACGAUUCGUCAAAUGGAAAUUCUGGUACUUCAGGUUCAAGAACAAUUGCUUUCUCAAGAAAAUGUUUCGAAAAUACAUGUGGAGAGCUCUGAUGGCGCACAGAAUACGAAAGAAGAGGAGAUCAGUUGCACUUGUCGUGGAGUUCGUGAAGGACUCUCUGCGUUAUUCGGCAUUCGCUCAAGUGCUGAAGGUGUACAAGUACAAGGUCUUGCUCAUCCAGCGGCAGCUUCGGCGUAUGAUGGCUUUAAGAGCUGCUCACCUCCGCCUGGCGCAGAAGCAGUACGACGACGUAGUGCAGCAGCAGCGAGAGCGCGAGUUGAACGACCCUCUCAAUGUCAAGGGUCUCUUAGCAAGGUCCAAGGCUGCUUCCAGCAGAAAUCUACUCGCUGCCCCCUCGUCUCCGCGCGUCGCCAAGCCUGGCACCCUCAGCUGGAACUCGAUAAACUUCAAGCAUAUGCCCAACUCGUCUGAGAGCUUCGUGCUGGUCGAGCUCGAGAUGCUUCUUACCAGAAGGAGGAGGGCCUUUGCGGAGGAGCUACACAGAUGGCGGCAGGAGAAGAAGGAGUGGCUGAGAGACAAGAAGCAGAUGUAUGAUAUCGAGGAGCAGGCAAAGAAUCUCUUGUCUCAGAUCACCAAGGACCCGUCCAGGCUUCUCGCCCUCCCCAAGAGAAGCGCCAAGAAUCCUGCCGCCCUCUGGCUACUCGGCUUUGAUGAGAGCUACACUUGGCAGAACUUCCUCGAGGAGACGCCCCAAGGCAGAGAGAGAAACCCCCGGUACCGCCAGUCGGGACCCCCUCGUCCCCUGUAUGAUGUCAACCUCGAUUUAACGCUGGAGCUCUUCCCGCUCUUUCUCCGGAUAUUUCGUCGUGCUCGACAUGCGGAAGAGCAAAUGUCCGUUGCUGCUGGAAGAGGAGGAGGAUGA